GCCCUUCGAGGCGGGGCGAAUGCAACUGCCUGUUGGAAGCUGCUGUAAAAUGUCGUGAGGGGCGCUGCCGUUUUACGGCUGCCUCUUCCCGACGCGAGCCCGGGAGCGCCCACCGCCGUCAGCUCUGUCUCUAAGAGAGUCGGCCCGGCGCAGAGUGAGAGAGCAGGCGCGCCGCUGCCCUCUCCGCCGCGCCGGUUCCGGCCCCCGGCGAUGUGAUCGCGCGGAGGCGGCAGUCCCCCCUGGCCCCGGGCUGAGACGGGCAGCAGGUGUCUGCGAGGCGGGCGGGUGCCGGGGGCCGGCAGGAUGGAGGAGAGCAUGGAAGAGGAGGAGGGGGGCAGCUACGAGGCGAUGAUGGACGACCAGAACCACAACAACUGGGAGGCCGCCGUGGACGGGUUCCGGCAGCCCCCGCCGCCCCCACCGCCCCCGUCGUCGAUCCCAGCCCGAGAGCCUCCGGGAGGGCAGUUGCUGGCGGUGUCCGUGGACAGGAAAGGCCCCAAGGAGGGAUUGUCGAUGGGGCCGCCGCCACCGCCGGAGGCCAAUGGGGUGAUCAUGAUGUUGAAGAGCUGUGACGCGGCCGCCGCUGUGACCAAGGCGGCCCCUACCCCCACCCCCGGCUCCACCAUCAACAUCAACACCUCCACCUCCAAGUUCUUAAUGAAUGUUAUAACUAUUGAAGAUUAUAAGAGCACAUACUGGCCAAAAUUGGAUGGUGCCAUAGAUCAACUUUUAACCCAGAGUCCUGGUGACUAUAUCCCUAUAUCCUAUGAACAGAUUUACAGUUGCGUGUAUAAAUGUGUUUGCCAGCAGCACUCGGAACAGAUGUAUAGUGAUCUGAUUAAAAAAAUAACUAAUCACUUAGAGAGAGUCUCAAAGGAGCUGCAGGCCAGCCCUCCUGAUCUCUAUAUUGAAAGAUUUAAUAUAGCUCUUGGACAGUAUAUGGGAGCAUUGCAGAGCAUUGUGCCUCUUUUCAUAUAUAUGAAUAAAUUUUACAUUGAAACCAAGCUUAACAGAGACUUAAAGGACGACCUUAUAAAGCUGUUUACGGAACAUGUUGCAGAAAAGCACAUCUACAGCCUAAUGCCUUUACUUUUAGAAGCCCAGUCAACACCAUUUCAGGUCACGCCUUCAACUAUGGCAAAUAUUGUGAAAGGCCUGUAUACUCUCAGACCAGAAUGGGUUCAGAUGGCUCCAACUCUGUUUUCUAAAUUUAUUCCAAACAUUCUCCCUCCGGCGGUAGAAUCUGAACUUUCUGAAUAUGCUGCUCAAGAUCAGAAACUUCAAAGAGAACUUAUACAGAAUGGUUUUAUGAGAGGUGACCAGUCCCGGAAGAGAGCUGGGGAUGAGUUGGCUUAUAGCGGCUCAUCAGCAUGUGCAAGUUCCAGAGGCUACAGAUAGUGAAUGUAUUGAAUGUACUUUGGUUCCUGCAAAGAGGACACACUGGAGCUGCAGACUCUUCAGGGCACAGCAGGCAUCCUGUACACAUGCAGGAGCUCUGUCACAAAGCUGUUCUUGGAAGGAGAUGUUGGACUUCUGACUUCGGUUUGUAAUUUUAAAAAAACAAAAACAGUUGCUGCUAGACUUCGGGAUGAUUUGGAAAUGGGACAAUCUCCUAAUGAGUUUAUCUAUGGAUUCCAUGAGGAACAAGCAUCUUGGAAAGUGACCAUAGCUAAGUGAGAACCGGCAGCCAAAAUCAGCAGCUUCCUCCAAAAAUACAGGAGCAGAAGAAUCUCUCUAUUUUAAAGCACUCGUUUUGUUCAUUCGUGGACUUGGCUCUUUGGUGUAUUGGUUUCACAUGUCAAGAUAUCUUUUGCUUUGAAAACAAGCAUAUCAUUACAAUACAGUAUUUUUUGCCCAUAACCAAAACAACCCCUUUUAAAAGAAUUGGUCUUUGUUUAGCAUUAGAAAGUCUUGUUAAAGAAAAAUGCUAACUCAGCUUUUGCUAUACCUUUUCCCCCCAUCAGUUCUCUUUUCUACUCUGUGCCUUGAGCUUUGUGCACUUUGCAACUGUGUGAUCAUGUCAAACUCACCAAUGCUCCCUGAAGAAGUUAAUGGUAUCACAAAAGAACCUACCAAAAUGUCAGGUGUGACUUCGGAGCGCGAUGCUGAUGAAGUGGGAAGAUAGAAGCAGGUUGCACAUGGGUCAGAUUCUCUUCCUGCUUCACUAUUAGCAUAUUCAUGUUGAUGUCAGGGACCAACUCGUGUAGAACAUUUCCAGUCUGUCCCUUAACACGGUUUCACCAGCUACUGUAAUGUUGUCCGUAUGCUAGUUUGGGGUGGGGUGCUUCAGCACUAAAGCUCCCCUCUAAAUAGCGUUGCCAGUUAUCCAGCAGUAAGAGCUGUUUCCUCUGAUGCUCUAGGAAGCAGAUACGGUUAUUAAUCAGUGGUGUGGGGCUCCUGAUCCAUUGCAUUUUAAAUGGGUGAGAUAAGUACUUUAAAAAGUCUACAGUCUGCAUCUUUUAAACAGUGUAUUGCGUGUAACAGGAAAGAAGUAGCACUGCUGUUUUAAGGCUGCCUUCCAGCUGAAGCAAAGCUGUCUUUUCUGCUCUUUUACGCCCACAGUGCUAUUGCCUUCUUUAUAAAAAGUCUCUGAAGCUUAUUCUAGUUGUUUUUGAAAUGCAAAGAUGCAGCAAGGGAAAAGUGGUUUUCUUUUCGAUUUUGCUUGAAUCUAAAUUGAGCAUAGGUUUCACUCUGUUCGGCGGUGUCAGACUAAUAUUUACUUUUCCAGAGAACUCGAGGCAAUGAAAACAUAUCAGGGCUACUGUCACACUUCUGAUUUGCAGGCUUUUCUAUAGAGUUGCCUCUGCAAGUUCAGUUUGUCCUUUUUGGGGGAGUGGGGUGAGUGGGAGAGUUAGAAGUGUGAUAUUGGAAGCAAGGAAGUCAUCUAAUAAGUCCUCUGUGAAAUUACUAGACAGAGAAGUAAACGUAAAGGUUGUCAGAUUUAUUUUUCUAAGUACUUAUCAACCAGCAUUGGUGGGUUUUGUGGAGGACUUUGAAUCGGACUCAUUUAACUCUGUGAGCAUCUGAGAUUAUAUUGGUAAACGCUGAAUGACCAUAGGAAUAUAGACAGACUCUCAGUAUGACCUGUACCGUUUGAUUUGCCACAUCAGUAACGUUCUAGUAUCAAGGAAGAGUAUUGAUACUCCCUUAUCAUGAAGUCCAAAUUUUCCUUUUCUCAGUGGAAUUUUUUGGCUCCAGGCUUAUAAUUUACACCUGGCUCUCCUAUUAUUUUCAUUACCUGUUGAAAUUUGCCCAGCUUCUGGCCACCAGAAUAGACAAGAGAAGCCCUAUGCUUUCACAAGGGAAGUGAUUCCUGAUUACUUUUGAUAAUAAUUCUGAAAGAAAGUAAAAUUGGAACAUUUCUUUAAAUGCGGAUGAGUUCUUCAAGUAUCCUGAUAAUAUACCCAAAUGCUUUUUCUGGGAGAGAGCACACUUUUUUGGCCAGCAGCAGCAGAACUUUGCCUAUAAAAGCAUUGUACUCUGAUGUGAAUUAGCAUUAAAAUCUUUGGAUGCUUUUGCAUUUUUAAGUUAAUUGCAGAAGUAUUUCUGAUUGUCUUUUAUUGUGUAUGUGUUACAAAAAGUGGACAAAAUAUAGUUUCUGUAAAUUUUUGCACAGUGUCUGCAGCCAACUAUGAGGCAGGGCUUGAUACUGCAGAGCCGUGACUGGAAGGCUCUAUAGAAAGGGUUACACAUCUUCCUGGUGCACCUUGUCACUCACCUCGGCCCCUUGAGGUACACUGCAAGAUGAAGAACUUCUUAAGCUGAAAUUGACCUUGCUUAUUUAAUCAGGAUUCUUAUCAGAGUCCUUUGUUUGCAACAAGAAAAGAAAUCAGAUUUACCCUCCAUUGUGUAUUGAUGAGCACUGUUUGCCAGAAAGUAUUUUCCUGUCAAGUUUACUUGUAUUCUAGCCAGUGCAGUGUACAGAGCUGAGAAGCUCAGUUAAGUGCUGGCUUUUGUGGAGCCCAGAUCACUGAAUUGUGCAUGCAGACUGAUUGUCUGCUUCGUCAGCAAGUGCAGCUGAUUUGGCUAAACUGACUAGGAUGUAUACUGAAACUAGACCCUUAAACAAAAGCCACUUCAUACCCUAGUCCUUUUCAGCUCUAGAAUCACCUUGAAGUCAUGACCUAUAAAAGUAAAUAGGUGAUCACUGUUUUCAGAGACGGUACUGUCUUUUAAAGGUUGGCCUUAAGCUGCAGUCACAGUGCCAUCUCAUUACCUCUGUUGUCACAGCUGCACCCGGACCUGACAGGAACUACUACUUUGUUUUCUGGGGGCAGAAAGGUAAACCUGGGAUGGUGACUCUUACCUAAUAGUUCUUGGGGUUAAGGAAAAGAAACACAAACCUGGAAUGCAUGAGUUGUGCAUUUUUAAACUUUGUAGAAAAGUUGCCUUUUCUGUCCCUUUUACAAGUUUGAGGCAGUUACCCUCCUUUCCUUUAGGGGGGACGUAGGAUGGAAACGAAUUUGUGAGUGAAUGGUUGGCAGAAGUUUCUAUGCCCUCGGCCGGCUGUGAACGCUGCGCACGCGUCUCCUGUGCAGCAGGCGUGAAUGCUGCGCACGCGUCUCCUGUGCUGCAGGCGUGAAUGCUGCGCACGCGUCUC